AUGUCUCCUGCUUACCUGUAUCCACUCGAAACGACACUCAGCCAGUCCGGGUAUGACCCGGACACGUUAAACACCGGUCUGCCGCCACGGGAGUCGUCUUCAGCAGUCUCGUCAGGUCAAACAGCCGUCAACGCCGAUGAUACCUUCGACUUCUCAUUGUAUGAGCCCUAUGGACCUACUGUCGACAUAUCUGGAGAGGAGAUCCUCGACGUCAAUGAUACCCUCGACUUCUUAUCGUAUGAGCCCUACGGACCCACCUUCGGCAUGUUUCGAGAGCAUACCAGUGUCAGUACUGGCCCAUCAUUCAUACUCCCCGACCAUCCUGUAAUGCACUUCGACAACGGACUACUCGAAGCCAUACCUGCGACCUCAUACUUCUCCGAACGCCACGCAGAAGCGACAUCGCCACCAAUGGCCCCUCCGGCUAUAACAUUCUCCACCUGGUCUCCCUCGUCAUCGUCAGCAGCGCUCACACCAGGAGACGAGUCCGACGACAUUGCCGGCGCAGCAUGGUCGCCGCCCUACCAGGACAGCACGUUCGGCACGCACGUAUGGCACCAAGAAGCCCCGUGUCUGCCAUUCACAGAGACCGCUCGCAUCUCCGCACUAUCGACGUCGUUCUCGGUACCGGUCAUGGCACCCAAUCACGGCACAGCUACAGGUUUGGCAUCAGCACCAUGCGCGAGUAUGCAACGCGUACCCCGCAUGACCGCAUCCGGUCCACCUAUGGUGGAGCGGAUAAAAGCACACACAGAAUAUGGACAUUGCAACUCGGACAACAGCACUAUGCUUGUUCCCGACAUGUUCAACAACAAUAUUGGAUUCUUCCCCGACCAGGACGCCACCACACCAUCUGAGACUUCUGCAGGUCCUUCGCACAUGAGCUCUCGUGUGAGGACAGAAGCCCGAUGCGGCGGCAAGCAGUCUAUGCAUCCUCAAGCCUCGGUCGAGCUCCCGAAGACUCCUGGGUUGCCCCGCACGGCCGGAAAGCGCAAGCAGCGCGACGACGACCUCACAGACGACCCCACGGACGAUACAUCCUCCCGCCAUCCUUCAAAGAAGGCGAAAAAGGCCACCAGCCACGCUGAAUCUGCACAUACCAGCUACGAGGACGUGCCACAACCGGCGUGGUAUGGCGGAUGUAUCCCGCCCGAUCCCAAAAAGCCACAUCCGUGCCCAUACUGCACAGAUAAGUGGUUCAGCUGCUCAUACGAUGUCACACGCCAUCGCGAGAGCGUAAAGAGCUGUCUCGGAUACUUAGAAAAGGGGGAGAUCCCCUGCGAUCUCUGUCCUUCCAUCUUAACACGUCGAGACGCAUUGCGACGUCAUCAGAAGGAGAAACACCAAAAUGGCUACAAGACGAUGGCAGCAACCCGACAGUCAUGA